AUGGCAAAAAGGCGCGUAAUUGAGAUAGAAUCCGAAGUAGAAUCUUCCUCGUCCGAAUAUUCGCCUCCGAGUACCGCUAGACAACCAACGUCUCGGAAACGACGCAAACGCAAGGAGCCAGAGGGUGCAACACGCGUGGAACAUCCCGAGACUGAUACUACACGCGAAUACUGUCCAUCCCAUGCACCUUCAGUUCAUCAGAUUCAAUCCGCCGCAUCCACAUGCAGAGCACUCCUGCAGUGGUACACUGGCGUCUCCGAAAGUCGGGGAAUGCCUUGGCGGAAACCAUAUGAUCCAUCUCUGAGCAUAGAUGCGCGCGCGCAAAGGGCUUACGAAGUUUGGAUAUCUGAAAUAAUGCUGCAGCAAACUCAGGUGGCGACAGUCAUACCUUACUAUAACCGGUGGAUGGAGAAAUUUCCUACUAUCCGUGACCUGGCAGCCGCAUCUAUAGAUGAGGUCAAUUCACUCUGGAAGGGCUUGGGAUAUUAUUCUCGCGCUUCUAGACUCCUUUCUGGUGCUCAAAAGACUGUGAAAGACUUCAACGGGCGGCUACCGGAUAAUGCUAAAGACAUGGAAGCUCACAUCCCUGGAAUUGGUCGCUAUAGUGCCGGGGCUAUCUGCUCCAUUGCUUAUGGCGAGGUUGUACCCGUCCUCGAUGGAAAUGUACACCGGUUGCUCAGCCGAUUCUUGGCCCUUCAUGCGCAACCCAAAGCCAAGGCUACGCUAAAUAUCCUUUGGUCGGCUGCAAAUGAUAUACUUACCACCGGCGCAAGAAGUACCGAGAAUCCCGCGAUAGGGUAUCCGGGCGACGUGAAUCAGGCUCUCAUCGAACUUGGAAGUACGAUAUGCAAGGUACGAGAUCCUAACUGCGAAGAAUGUCCGUUGCGCGACCAGUGUGCUGGUUAUCUGUGGUCGAGCGCCUCUAAGACAGCCUCUGAUGACAUCCCCGAUAUUGAGGAGUUAUGCACCAUAUGCGAGCCGCUAGAGCGCGGCAGCGGCGUUUUAGCGUUUCCCAUGAAGGUAGAGCGUAAGAAGGCGCGAGAAGAGCUGGAUUUAGUGAAUGUCAUUGAGUGGCGUUCUAAAAGCCAGCAACGAAUGUUCCUUCUCGUCAAAAGGCCUGAAAACGGCUUAUUAGCGGGGCUGUAUGAGUUCCCCACACUCGCCAAUGUGACUGCAUCGAUUUCGAACUCAACAUCGACGGAGUCGCUUCUGUCAAUGUAUCUGAGCAGCAAGGUCUACCUUCGCGUGGACGCGGGUUCGGCCGAUUCUGAGAGUUAUCACAUUGUGAAUACCAAGCCCGUGGGUGAUGUUAUCCAUGUAUUCUCUCAUAUCAAGAAAACCUAUCGGGUGCAAUGGGUGCUCUUGGAGGGUUGCAGUGAACCUCCUUUCCCCACACCCUUAAACGACGACAAAUCCACGAAAACGCCGAGUAGGCGGGCCAAGCAACCCCGAAGCGAAUCCACCCAGCGUAGUUCGGGCACGGCUUGGUUCGAUAUGAACGAAGUCGCCGAAGCAAACAUCGGAACAGGUGUUCGCAAGGUCUGGGAGCUGACCAAAAGGCUUUGGGAAUGA